UCGUGGGCGGGAGCACGGACCGCUGUCUCCGCGGCUGAGCUCGCGAUCGCGGCGACGGGGAAGCCAGCGGGGCUCCGGGCUGUACCCGGGGCGGAGGGUGCGCGCGGGUGGAGGCGCGCGGCCCGCAUGGAGGCGCCGAGGAGCCCGCCGCGGGAGCGGGAGCGCGCCCGGACCCCCGCAGUAGGAAGUGACCAAGUUCACUCCUGGAUACUGGUUACAAGCCAAGUCGUUAGCAUUGCCUGGAGAGCUGCAAGGGCCUCUGUGACGAUGGUGCUGUCGCUUCUGUCAGCUUCCCUCUGCUACUUCAGAAGGCUGCAUUUACAUCUGGGGCACCGGCUGAAGUGGUGGAUUGGCUAUCUGCAGAGAAAAUUCAAAAGAAACCUCAGUGUGGAGGCAGAAGUAGAUCUACUCAGCUAUUGCGCAAGAGAGUGGAAAGGAGAAACGCCGCGUGCCAAACUGAUGCGGAAGCUUCCUGAAAAGCUACUCUUUUCUCAAGGCUGUAACUGGAUCCAGCAGUACAGUUUUGGACCUGAGAAGUAUACAGGUUCCAAUGUGUUUGGAAAGUUACGGAAAUGCGUGGAGUUACUGAAAACGCAGUGGACCGAGUUUAGUGGGAUGAGAGAUUAUCACAAGAGAGGGAGCAUGUGCAACAUCCUCUUCUCCGACGCCAUCCUGGAGUAUAAACUCUACGAGGCUGUGAAGUUCAUCAUGCUCUACCAGGUCACGGAAGUGUACGAGCAAAUGAAGACGAACAAGAUAAUCCCCGGCCUUUUCCGACUCCUGUUUUCCAGGGAGUCCUCCUCGGACCCUUUGAGCUUCAUGAUGAAUCACCUGAAUCCCAUGGGGGACACCUGUGGACUGGAGCAGAUUGACAUGUUUAUACUCGGGUAUUCCCUCCAAGUAAAGAUAAAAGUGUUCCGACUGUUCAAGUUUAACUCCAGAGACUUCACAGUCUACUACCCUGAGGACCCUGUGAGGGAGUGGCCAGAGAUCGCGCUGCUGACCGAGAAUGACCGCCAGUACCACAUUCCCGUCUUUUAAGUCCCCGAUGGACUGAACAUUGGCUUUUCUCAGUGACAGCGGUCAUACUUGCAAGAGAAAUAUUUCUGAAAAGCCCAUGGUACCGUUUUAGCCAAGGAGGGCACUAAGACCUACGGGAAAACUGGGUGGGGAGAGCCACUGAUUUCCUCCACCGCCACACACAUUUGGGGUUUGGCAUGUUGGAAGAGAUCUGCUGGGUUCACACCGUGAUGUGCCUUCAAGACAUAGAGAGACUUCAUGUGGACAAAAAGACAAGGGAAAUGGCUGACCUCAGCCGCAGGAACUUUUCAUCUCUGACCUUUGUGUUCUUUAUCAAGAGGGAUCUCUCUGGGGAUUCGGGACGAUCAUAAAUAAACAUGUUUUAUAAGCAUUA